GGUUACCUCACACUGUCCAAGUAAAAGGCCGGGCAGGAGCUGCUUGGCACCACCUGACACAUUGUGCCCCAGCACCUACACCUUCCCGUGAUUUGAGGGAAGUUAGAGCUGAUUUGAUCAACAAUGCCGCUCCCGUUCAAACUUAGGCAAUCAGUCCAAGGGAGCGAACCCAGACAAAAAAUACUACUAUGGAUGCACAUGGAAGGUCUGGGUAGGAAUGCUAAUAUCUACAGCCAUACUCGUUAUGUUGUUAUUUUGGUUCAUAGAUACCAAAUAUGACAGAGGAAGAAGGGAGGUUCAGGUGACUAGAACAAAGGGACAGAUCACAUUGUCAUUUAUUAGGGGACACACAAGCACAGCCCUAUUAGACCUAUGCGACAUAGUGCCAUGCACCACCAAAGACAGAAGAGAGGAAGUCAUAUACAUAUGCGUCACGACCAACUCAGACAAGUGGUGUAGCAGUUGGAAGUGUGCCAUAGCUAACACAGGCUCAGAUUGGGGAAAUGUGGGAUGUGAACCAUAUGAUACAAUGCACCUUACGAUAACACAUAGGGACCUGAAAUCCAGACUGAGUGUAGGUAGAAAGCAGGAAGGACGAUGCCAGGAACAGAAAUGUAAUCCUAUAUAUGUGACGUUGAAGGAUCCAAAACCAGAGGAUGCAGGGACUUAUGUUAUGGGAUUGUAUGCUGAAGGGAAAGAUCCAUUAGGACAGUUCAUCAUUCAAGUCACAGACCCAUGGAGUAAUAGUACACCGUCCACAUCCAUUACUGCCAAGGUUGACGCAAUGAACACAGGUAUGGGUGUCCUGAAAGACUCUAAAGGGCCAUUAGUGAAAUAUUUGAACCUAGAGGACUUUACCAUUGAGGAAAGGUUGGAGAUGGAAACUGGUUUCACACCCUCAGUCUUUACAGUGAUGUGACCAUGGAAAGUGAUGUCUGCAGGACCCUGUCUCUCCUGUAUCCCAGAGUGCGUGCAAUACAACCGCCUCCAGGAGUGGUCGCCUACCUUGGUAACUAUACUUGCAUCACACAACCCAACAGCUCUACCAUGAAUGUGGGACACCUACUUAAGAAGUUUUGUAUGUACACCUACAACACAUCUUCGUUCAUUCCCAAUGUCACACAGUCGAUGUUUAACAAUCAGAGUAAGGGACUCGCUGAUGUCUGGUGGAUGUGUGGGACACAGCCCCGCCUUAGACCAUCCUUACCUGCUAAAUGGGGGGGAACCUGCGCCUUAGUGUCCCUAUUACUGCCGAUUACCAUGCUUCCUAUUAGCGCAGGGAAGCUAGAGGAGACAGUACAGUCUACCUACCACAAACAUUCCUUGAAGAGGGCUAAAAGAGACACUGACUUGGGUUUUGGUACAUGGGGAGAUCCAAGCACCCCGUUCAGGUCUAUAGAUAGUAGGGUGUAUAUAGAUGCAAUUGGAAUACCAAGGGGUGUACCAGAGGAGUUCAAAGCUCAGAAUCAGAUAGCAAAGGGUUUUGAGUCUAUACUGCCCUGGAUAACUAAAAACAAGAAUGUGGACUGGAUAAAUUAUAUAUACUACAACCAGCAGAGGUUUUUGAACCGGACUAGGGAUGGCCUGAGGGGUGUGUCCGAACAAUUAGCCGCCUCCUCACUCAUGGCAUUUCAGAACCGUAUGGCACUGGACAUGUUGUUGGCAGAAAAAGGGGGUGUGUGCCACAUGUUUGGAGAUGCUUGUUAUACAUUUAUUCCCAAUAAUACUGCCCCGGAUGGUAGCAUCACUAGAGCCUUGGAGGGGUUGACCUCUCUAGCCAAUGAAUUAGCAGAGAACUCGGGUGUGGCUGAAAACCUCAUCACCAGUUGGCUGGAGGACGUUUUUGGCAAAUACAAAGCAAUUGUACUCUCCAUGCUUAUGUCCGUGGCAGUGUUUGUGGGCAUAUUGGUGUGUUGUGGAUGCUGUUGCAUCCCUUGUUGUCGCACUCUGGUGAACAGAUGGAUUGAUGUGGCUCUGACCAAAAAAAGAUCCCCAGAAAGAUGCUCCUCCAGCCUACUCCAUGCCCCUGUUGGGGAUGGAGGAUGGUGAUGAGACUGAUUCGGACAAUGAAGGAAGUGAAUCACCAAUGUAAUGCUAUGCUAUAUUAAUCUUGCUUCUUCUUCCCCUAGUGCGGACAAUUAUUUACCAGUUUGAGGGCCAUAUAAUCCUAAACUUAGUAGUAUUCACACCUGAGGUG